AUGGCCACUAAUCUACAACAAGUUAAAAAAUUAAACAACCCUGGUCAUACCAGGCCAUCAUUAACUGAUAAAGAAGAGUUUGAAAAUCGUAGUUUAACCAACUUAACUUUUUAUGCCACUGCUUUAAAUAAAAAACAUAAAUAUAGGUAUAACGCCAAAUUGAAAAAGACAAGGUCUCUUUUAAAUGAUGUAGUUUUCGAUAUUAAAGAUAGUCUAUUAGAUAAAUAUUUAUAUGGUUCAUUGAAAGCUAAAUUCAAGGGACCAUCUUUAGAGAGCCGUGAUAAGGCAAAUCCAGCUAUUAAGGGUUUAAUCGAAGAGAAACAAAAUCAACAAAAUCAAGUAAAUAAAAAUAAAGAGAAAAAUAAUACAGAUAAGUCUGCCACCACUGCUGAUAAUUACGAUUAUUCUAUAGAAAUUAAAAAACAAGUGGUUACCACUACUACAAUGAUCACUGAACCUUUCACUGAUUUUAGUGGAUUUUUCAUUUUUACCUGGAUGACUUGUUUUCUAAUUGUUUUCAAACAAUUUUGGGAUUUUUACCAAAUCAAUGGGUUUGAUCUAUCUAAGUCUCAAGUUUGGACUUUUAUGAGUAGAAAGUGGUUGCAAGUUGCCUUAAUUGAUUUGCUGAUGUAUUUAUCCAUCUAUUUUGCCUUUCUGGUCCAGAUUUUGUGUUUGAAAAAGGUUUUCACUUGGCAUAAAGUGGGUAGAUGGUUGAUUUAUAUUUAUGAGGUUUUAUUUAUUGUAUUAUAUAUUUAUGUUGCUGAAGGUAUUAUGAAGUUUCAUUGGAUUUCCAGAAUCUUUUUAUUUUUACAUUCCUGUGUCUUAUUGAUGAAGAUGCACUCAUAUUCUUUUUACAACAGCUACUUAUGGGGAAUCUACAAUGAACUUCACUAUUCUAAACGGCUACUAAAAGAUAUAAGCGAGAGUGUUAAAGAGAGGGAUGUAUCUCCUGAGAUAAUUGAAUCUUUGAAUAACAGUAUUGAGUUUUGUACUGCAGAAUUAAAUUCACAGUCAGAUAAGAAAGAUGGCAACAAUGUUUUCCCCAAAAAUAUAAAUUUCAAGAAUUUCUUUAUGUUUACAAUGUAUCCGACACUGGUUUAUCAAAUCAGCUAUCCUAGAACUAAUAAAAUCAGGUGGUACUAUGUUUUUGAGAAAAUAUGUGCUAUCAUAGGUAUUAUAAUAUUAAUGAUGGUUUUCGCACAAAUGUCCAUUUAUCCACAUGUUAUAGAAGCGGAACAUGUUAUGGAAGCACCAGCUGGCAUUCAAAGGUUCUUACGCUGGAUGAAUGUCUUCGUUGACAUGAUGCCCGGAUUUAUUGCAGAAUCUAUGUUAACCUGGUAUUUAAUCUGGGAUGCUAUUUUGAAUUGUAUUGCAGAGUUGACUUGUUUUGCUGAUAGAUCCUUUUAUGGAGAUUGGUGGAAUUGUAUUACCUGGGAUGAAUAUGCAAGACUAUGGAACCUGCCUGUUCACAAGUUUUUGCUUAGACAUGUGUACCAUAGCACCAUAUCAUCGUUUCAUUUAAAUAAAAAAACUGCUAUUUUAAUGACGUUUUUGUUAAGUAGUAUUGUUCACGAGAUUGCCAUGUAUGUGUUGUUUAAUAAAGUCAGGUUUUAUCUAUUUAUUUUGCAAAUGUCCCAGAUGCCACAAACCUUUCUUUUUAGGAGAUAUCUAAAUGAUCACAAAAUUUUAGGUAAUGCUAUAUUUUGGUUUGGUGUUUGUAUUACACCAGGCUUGAUUUGUUCGAUCUAUAUCAGUUUUUGA